CUGCGCAGCUCAAGUUGAAAGCUACUGCUCUUCACCACGACACUUCAGGGAAGCUAAACUGCAUUUUUAAAAGAUAAACAAUGAGUUAUUCAAGCGCAUGAACUCCAGUGGUCGCCUUUUCACACGGCUGAACCUGCAUGACUUUAGAUAUUAACUGAACAAACACGUUGUGCAGUGAAGACAGCGCACGGCGCACAGGGAGAAAUCAUGCACUGUCAAGCCGAGCUGAGGCUCUCCUCUCCUGGGCAGCUGAAAGCUGCCAGGCGGCGCUACAAGACUUUCAUGAUUGACGAGAUUCUCUCCAAGGAGACUUGUGAUUAUUUCGAGAAACUUUCUCUCUACUCCGUGUGCCCUUCCCUCAUUGUUCGUCCGAAGCCUCUUCAUUCUUGUUCGGGCUCCUCGUCACUACGUGCCUACCCGCUCCUCUCGGUGAUCACGCGGCAGCCUCCCAACCUACCACCCCACCUCCCCCAGCCGUCCUCUCCGGGCGGGGUGCCCUCGCACCUGCCCUUGCUCUCCCCGCAGCAUCCCAGAUGCUCCGAGCCCUCGCCCAGCCAGACGCCCCUCAGCAUCAGCAGCGAGUCGGACACAGAGCGGAGCACCCCUCGUCUGAAGAAGCCACGCCGCAGCCGCACCAUCUUCACCGAGCUGCAGCUGAUGGGCCUGGAGAAGAAGUUCCAGAAGCAGAAGUACCUGUCUACACCUGAUAGGUUAGACCUGGCCCAGUCACUUGGUCUCACACAGCUACAGGUGAAGACAUGGUACCAAAACAGGCGCAUGAAGUGGAAGAAAAUGGUGCUCAAAGGAGGUCAUGAGGCACCCACUAAGCCCAAGGGGAGACCCAAGAAGAACUCCAUUCCCACCACAGAGGAAAUAGAGGCUGAGGAGCAAAGAUUGAAGAUGGAGGAGGAGGAGAGGAUGAGGAGGGCGGCCAAGGAAGCUGCACUGGCUCACGGAGGAGAAGCGUCUCAGAUGGAACCUCAAGAUCUCAGUUCAGUCCCGACUGUAGCUCCAGAAACUCACAAUCCAGCCAGAGCGAUAGAGGCUUCUGAGCAAGAGCUGCCGCUCUUAAUGCAGUCAGAGACUCAUGCAGCCAGCUAAGCAAGAGCAAAACAACCAAAGACUAAUGCCAACCUGAAAACAAAUAGUGCCUCAGGAUCACUGUAAAAAGCCUGUGCGAUGUUUAGAGCCCUUUGCUUUAGGGAUUUGACUGGAAACAUAUUAAUGGCAUCUGAUCUUUACCUAACAUAGCCUAUUGUUUUUGUGUACCAUACAAAGAGCUAACAUGCAAAGACACUGAUUGCACUGGUAAAAAAAAAAAUUGGCCUUUUAAAAUUGUAUUUGAUCAGGUCCCUAGCAUGAGGAGUGUAAAUCUGUCAAAUCUCAGCAGGUCAGUCAAGCCUUAAUCACAACACAGUGAUAUGUAUUACAGCAUCAAGUGAUUGUGUGUUACAACCACAAGAGAUCACACACACCUCUUGAUCCUCCAAGCUGCCUCACAUAGUGCAUGUGCCAAAAUAUCAAAAUUUGCCUUACUGUGGUGUAUCUAUAUAUCUGUGUACUCUGAAUCACUUCACUGCCAAAAAAAAAAAAUAUAAUAGUAAAUGGCUUCAGUGCCUUGUUGGUCUCAGAGGAACGCUUUUAACGUGUUGAUAAAAUAACUAUCAAAUGCAAGUAUAUUUUUUUACAGUGAUUUUUGAUUUCAAGUGCCAAUUUUGGAGAGUAAAGUUUAGAAAAGAAAGAUGUUUAGAUUUGAGUUCUUCUGAACAGCUUAAAGGCGCAGAUUUGUUCAUUAUUUGGUGAGCUUGUGUUCUCUCUUUUUUUUCAAUCUGAAAAACAAUAUUACUUCCAAGCCAUACACUGUAUCAUACUGUAGAAAUAUGUAUAAAGUAUAAAAUAUAUGGUCUUUCGGAUAUAUAUGUAAAACAGUAUUUUUAACUGCUGUUUUAAAUUGGAUUAAAAUAGUUUGUAUGUAUAGCGUUACAGCCGUCCAUGAUCUUUUUCUCUUCUUUCACGGGAGUCAGGAUGACUCUGCUUUCUGCCACGAGGCCACUAAGACUCUUAAGCUUUCAGAGAUUCUCGGAGGAAAUAAAUCAUGGCCUGUGCCAGAGAUGCACAGCAAACGCUGAACAUUUAAAUCUCAAAGACGUUUUCAGCCUGCAGGCUUUGCAUGAGUACCCAAAUCAGCAUGUUAGACUUGCAUUAACAUAACACUGUCUGUAACUGCCUGUCACUGACUUCUCCGUACACUUCAAACUCAACUUUCUUUCCUUGCAGAGAUUUGUAAGUUGAAAGAGUUUCACUUUUUGAAUUAUACAGAUUUAUUUUUAUUUGUUAU